UCAAGAUUGUACAGAGAUCAGUGCUAUGCGGAGCGGGCUAACUAAUUAUUCUACCUUCAUGGACUAAAUAUGGCUACGGUUAAGUAAUUCGGUUUUGAUGCCAUUUAUACGAUUUGAGCGCGCGAUUCUGGAAAGCUAAAACGCCGGUUAAAAGGCUGUUUUCAGUGCAUGAAUAAGUUUAUUUCCAUCUUCAAGUUAGAGUUAAAAGAUUAAGGAAUGAAAAGAAAAGAACACGAGCUGCUUGGGCGAGCUGAAGGAAAUGAGAGUUGGGAGGAAGAGCCAGCUGAUCAACAAGCUGAUGGCCCGGAAGAUGAAUUUGACCGAGAGUUCUGGAUUAAGAUUCAACAAAAGAGAAGUGAAGGAAUGUCAUGGAACAGAGCCAUGGAUGAAGUGCGAGUUGAAAGGCUGAUCCAAAAAUACAAAGACAGUGGUGAGCUAGUCAGUGAAGACCCUGCUCUUGUGAUGUUAAAAAAGUGGCCAGCCUCAAAACAGUAUCAAGAUAAUUCAGAUCGCCUUCCAGGCCUUGAACAACUGAUUAAUAGAUUUUUGGAGAUCCUAUUAAAGAGUGAGCUCAAUGCAGACAAUAGAUAUGAGAAGUUCAGAGAUGAUGAAGAUAAGACAAAGAAGACAUUGAUGCACUAUGCAGCUGAGCUUGACUUUACACAUGUCACUAAAACACUUGCAAAAAAAUGUCCUCGUUUGUUGGCUCUGAAAACAAAAGGUCAGCUUAAAUCUGGAAAGCGAGCUUUACUACCAGUUGAGUUGGCGUUGACAAUGGAGAAUGAUGAUGUGGCAGCAUAUUUGAUAAGAAUGAUGCGCCAUGAAAGGUAAUG